AUGUCGUGGACACGGAAGAUGUCGUGGAGCACAGAAGAAGAACCGAACGCACACCGAAAACGCAAGAAGAAGUUGAAUCAAAACCUAGUCUACCACAGCGCUGACGAAGACGAAGUUGUUGCAGGAAGUUUUCUAGAGGGCUGUCCCACAUUUUUGGAGUUCUGGGACCUCUUCGACAAAGUAUUUGCCGACUUUCAGGAGCAAACAUAUCAGUUGUUCUCACUUCGUACAAGUGCGUCGAUGAAGGCACGAAACCGCAAAAUUGCGUCCGAGCAAGCCAAGGCAAAGAAGAAUGCUCUAUCGUGGAAGGCAGGGAGGAAUUCGGACAAGCACUCGCACUGGUGGAACACUUCUUCCUGA